UCGCAUUUGCGGAACGGACGACGCCGAUUCAACCACGCGGCGUCGUAUACAAGAAAGAAACUUCGCGCGCUCCUUCGGAGUUUUUGCUAUGUGAAACUUUCCAUUUUCCGCGGGUUUUUGGGGGGCGGUUAAAUGGACGAGUUCGACGGACCCGGAAGUAAAUUUAAUUUUCAGGACUAUUUUGAUGAUAGAGCCACCGAGGGUUACGGGGACCCCAGUGUCGAGAACAUGCUGUCUUCUGAGUAUUAUAAUGGGUUCUUGGACGUUUUACAGGUCCACACGGAAACCAACGACCUCCACAAGACGGCCAUAAUAGAAAUAAAAACUUAUGGAGCAACCGUGCUGAUGAACGCCUCCAUAAACGCCACCACGGACACCUCCAACUUUCCUCCGGAGUUGUUUUAUCGGCAUACCAUCUCCAUGACGGCCGUCUAUUGCGUGGCAUACCUUAUUGUAUUCGCCGUCGGAUUGGUGGGCAACUGUUUCGUCAUAGCGGUGGUAUUCCGCUCGCCACGGAUGCGCACCGUCACCAAUUUUUUCAUCGUUAAUUUGGCGGUGGCCGAUAUCCUGGUCAUCGUGUUUUGUCUGCCUGCGACUCUGAUGUCGAAUAUUUUCGUUCCUUGGAUGCUCGGCUGGUGGAUGUGCAAAACAGUGCCGUACAUACAAGGCGUGUCUGUAGCCGCCUCCGUCUACAGCCUCGUGGCUGUCUCGUUGGACCGGUUCUUAGCGAUCUGGUGGCCCCUAAAAUGCCAAAUAACGAAAAAACGUGCCCGACUGAUGAUCAUGCUAAUCUGGUGCGUCGCCUUGACCAUCACCAUCCCGUGGGCGCUCUUCUUCGACCUGGUGCUCAUCUACAGCGACGCCCCGGACGUAGAACUGUGCGUAGAAGUCUGGCCCGAGCCUUUGAACGGCUCCUUCUACUUCCUCUCCGCCAAUUUGAUCUUCUGCUACAUCCUGCCUAUGAUUUUGAUCACCAUGUGCUACGUACUGAUCUACAUCAAGGUGUGGAAGCGUAACAUCCCGACCGACACCAAGGACGCUCAAAUGGAACGGAUGCAACAGAAGUCCAAAGUCAAAGUGGUGAAGAUGUUGGUCGCGGUGGUGAUCCUGUUCGUGAUCUCUUGGUUGCCCCUCUAUGCCAUUUUCACUCGCAUCAAACUCGGGGGAGAUAUCGAACCGUGGGAGGAGGAGAUCUUGCCGAUCGCCACCCCGAUAGCUCAAUGGCUGGGUGCCUCCAACUCCUGCAUCAAUCCCAUCUUGUACGCCUUCUUCAACAAAAAGUACCGCAAAGGGUUCGUCGCGAUCAUUAAGAGUCGCAAAUGUUGCGGCAGGCUCAGGUAUUACGAGACGGUCGCCAUGAUGUCCUCCUCGACCAGCAUGCGUAAAUCCUCCCACUUUUACAACAAUAACUCGUCCAAGAAAUCACCACCGAAUCCGGACAACCACGCAGUUUCUUACAUCUCGAACAACACCGGGGUCUAAGGCUCUGGAAAUGAGCCUUAGAAGCAUUAAUAAGGCCACCCCACGAAUUUUUCUUGGUAAAAUCAGGUUUACCCCGCUUGUAACGGAGACCUUGGACUGAGAUUUAGGUAAUAGUAGAGGUUGUAUUUAUAAUAGGGUUUAGGGUAUAGUCACUGAUAAACGUCUGCGGUUUUGUUUUUUUUUUAUUUAAUUUUAAAUGCAAAAGAGACAAAUUUGAAAACCUCUGAUUUCAAUGGCCGUUAUUUUGAAUUUUUACUGUGCGCCAUUUUAGUACGCACGUUGGCUGAAAUCGAGCCACCAGAGGGCAGAUGGAAUGAAUCGAACGUCACAUCAUCUAUUGAUUUUUAUGUUAUGUAUUUGGGAUGCCUUGAAGUUUUCUUGUUUAGACUCUAGAGGGCCAGUUUAUGGCAAAAGGUGUAUUGAUUUAAAUGUUAUGUAUGCGAAAUGCCUUGAAAUUGGCCUCUAGAUGGCGUAAGCUGUGGCUUAAUGAAGGUUUCUAUUGUUGGCCCUUAAAUUCCUGAAACUGUCUCAAGAGGCAUUUAAAAAAAAGGAUAAAACCCAGACUUAAGAAAGGUAUUGUAUUGUGAUCGUACUCACAAAUUGAAUAAAAUAUGGCAGAAACAGAGAACAUAUUUUUAAAAAUACAUAUUACGAAGAGAAUAUAGCUUUUUGAAAGUUGAGCUUUUACAAAAAGAGUAAAGAAAAAAUGAUUAAUCUAUUGUGUAUUUUGUAUUUGUUAAAUAAAAAUUAUCUCACGUCUGUAUUAUCUUAGAUGACCUUCGCAUCACCUAAGCGUGUCUUAAGAUUAUAUUUUUUUAUGAAAAGGUUAUUUUAGUACGUUAUAAAGCGCUUAUUCCACCACUGUUAAAGAAACGUAGUUACACACUGAAAUCUAUAUUUGUACGACGAUCCUUUUUGGGUUUAAAGUUUAGUUUCCAGUUUGAUGUUAGAUAUCCGUAGUAUAAAACAACUUUGUGAGAAAGCUUUUAAGAGUAAAUCGCUGCCAACGACUCUAUAAUAUAUCAGAUGUAUAGCUUGGAUAGUAACAACCGCUAUAUAACACAUAGUUUUAUCAGAGUUUAAACGUAUUUUUGAGUACAAUAAACAAUUUUAGCGUAGGGUCGCCAUCUUAGGGUUAAAAUUACAUUUAUUUAUAGGUAAUUGUGGCAUAGCAUAGUAAUUGUCUGGCCCCAGAGGCCUCUUGUCAUAAUAAUACAAUAAUAGACUUUAAAAUAUAAUCAGAGAAUAAUGUAGCAACUGAUUAGCGUAAGAAUAGGACGUCGACAAUCAACUUGAUUAGUUCAAAUCCGGCUCAAAGGACCAGUGAUUUGCCCCCUUUUCAACCAGAUAGGAGCAAAGGAUUGAAUCUUAUCAAGAAUACCUAUUGUGGGUACCAUUGUUUCUCUAAAUUUUCAAGAACGUCCUAUGGAAAACCAACGAAGCAACCACCUUAGAAAUUUAACAUUUUACGCAGUAGAGCUUACAAUAAAUAGUGUUUUUAAACAGGGUUCUAAGUAAUUAUUUGUAAAUAAUAAUGGUAAUAACAUUGUUUAGGGUAAGGCCAUAAGAAACUUGUUGUGUAAGCAUUUUUUAACCGCCUAAAAAGCCGGUCAGCUUACCAAAUUAACGUAAGUUAUAUGAACUAAGGAAUUAAAUAAAAUUAUGUCCGAUCCAGUAGGAUCCGAUCAAAUUUGUCAAUAGGUAUUAAGUAAUAAAUGU